CCAUCCGUUGUUUACAGCGUGUCUCCUUUGUUUAUGUGAGUAAAAACAGGCUCACCUUUGCGCACCGGUCAGCAAGAAGGUGCGCAUUAACUGACCCCAAACGGCAAAACCCUUCAGCUCGCUCUCUGUCUUGGGCUUGAUUAUGGUCACAGCCCCCGCGGUGCCAAGGUGGAGCCACCGCGCGUUUCUCGGAUCGGUGCGCUCCUCCAGGGGCUGGGAUGCGCACCGGGCACCUCCCGCUUCCUGCCGAGCUUUGGGUCUGAGCAGCGGGAGGAGGACACCAGCGGUGCCCCGGGGCGCCGAGUCAGGAGGACCCAGUCGACCCGGAGCAGGAUGCCGGUGAUGAGAGGACUGCUGGCUCCUCAGAACACCUUCUUGGACACCAUCGCCACACGAUUCGAUGGCACCCACAGCAACUUUGUGCUGGGCAACGCACAGGUGCAGUCGCUCUACCCCAUCGUUUACUGCUCAGAUGGCUUCUGUGAGCUCACUGGCUACGCUCGUGCAGAGCUCAUGCAGAAGAGCUGCGCCUGCCAUUUCUUGUAUGGCCCUGAGACCAGCGACCGCUUUACAGCGCAAAUCCAAGGAGCCCUGGAUGACCGGCGUGAGUUCAAAACUGAACUGGUCUUCUACAAGAAAGAAGGCACACAGUUCUGGUGCCUUCUGGACAUCGUACCCAUCAAGAAUGAGAAGGGCGAGGUGGUCCUCUUCCUGGUUUCCCAUAAAGACAUCACUGACAAGAAAAAAGACCAGGAUUCAGAACAAGCACCUGACACAGAUGAGGAGACGGGUCUGGAGGUUCAUCGGGUUACACGGCCCCCUGGCUUUAACGCAAAUCGCCGUCGCAGUCGAGCUGUCCUCUACCACCUUUCGGGGCACCUCCAGAAACAAGAUAAGAGCAAACUCAACCUCAACAAUAACAUGUUCGGGGAAAAACCUCCAAUCCCGGAGUACAAGGUAGCAGCCAUCCAGAAGUCGCGCUUUAUCCUCCUACACUACGGCACCUUCAAAGCCGGCUGGGACUGGUUGAUCCUGCUGGCUACCUUCUACGUGGCUGUCACUGUGCCCUAUAACGUGUGCUUCACUGUAGUGGGUGGGCGAGAUGAAGGCAGCACCCCCAGAAGUCCCCCCAGUGUCAGCGACAUCCUGGUGGAGAUCUUGUUCAUGCUUGAUAUCGUGCUGAAUUUUCGGACAACCUUUGUGAGCACGUCGGGUCAGGUGGUGUAUGAUGCUCGCUCCAUCUGUAUUCACUACGUCACCACCUGGCUUUUUGUGGACCUUAUUGCUGCCCUGCCCUUUGACCUUCUCUACGCCUUCAAUGUCAGCGUGUACUUUGGGGUGCACCUAUUGAAGACUGUCCGUUUGCUUCGUCUGCUGCGACUCCUGCAGAAGUUGGAACGUUACUCGCAGUACAGUGCUGUGGUCCUCACCCUGCUCAUGUCCAUGUUCGCUCUGCUGGCCCAUUGGAUGGCCUGCGUAUGGUACUUCAUUGGACGCAGGGAGAUCGAGAGUCCGGGAUCCUGGGACAUUGGUUGGCUGCAUGAGUUGGCCAAGCGUUUAGGAACACCUUACUUCUUGUCACCUCUGGCCGCACUCUUUCCCACAUCCUCUGGCGUACCCUCAGCCAACAGCAGCCAGUGGAACGGAUCAGUCUCAGAGUCGCCAAGUCAGGGUUCCUGGAACUCUAGCCAGUACGGAGGAAACACGUCAGCCGUCGAUGGCGUGUCACCAGGAGGUCUGGGAGUUCUGGGCGGAGGCCCGUCCAUGCGGAGCAGCUACGUAACAUCACUGUACUUCGCCCUGAGCAGCCUGACUAGCGUGGGUUUCGGGAACGUUUCGGCGAACACAGACUCAGAGAAGAUCUUCUCUAUCUGCACCAUGCUCAUUGGCGCUCUGAUGCACGCCGUGGUGUUUGGCAAUGUGACCGCCAUCAUCCAGAGGAUGUACUCUCGCCGAUCGCUCUACCAUACACGCACUAAAGACCUAAAGGACUUCAUCAGGGUGCACCGGUUGCCCAAAGCCUUGGAGCAACGAAUGCUGGAGUGUUUCCAGACAACCUGGUCAGUCAACAACGGCAUUGAUGUCAGUGAGCUUCUGAAAGACUUCCCAGAUGAACUACGGGCUGACAUCGCCAUGCACCUGAACAAGGAGCUGCUACAACUCCCUCUUUUUGAGUCGGCCAGCAGGGGUUGCCUGCGCUCACUCUCGCUCAUAAUCAAGACGUCGUUCUGCGCACCUGGCGAGUUCCUCAUCAGGCAAGGAGACGCCCUGCAGGCCAUCUAUUUUGUGUGUUCGGGUUCCAUGGAAGUCCUGAAAGACAACACUGUACUCGCCAUACUGGGUAAAGGAGAUCUGAUUGGCUCCGACUCGCUAACAAAGGAGCAAGUGAUCAAGACCAACGCCAAUGUCAAGGCGCUGACCUACUGCGACCUGCAGUACAUCAGCUUGAAAGGCCUCCGAGAAGUGUUGCGACUGUACCCGGAGUAUGCCCAGAAGUUUAUCAGUGAGAUCCAACACGACCUCACCUACAACCUGCGGGAGGGCCAUGGCUCAGAUGCCGACUGGGAGAGUAACGGUGGCCUGGUGAAGAAGCUGCCUUCAAUCCGGGAAGAUGAGGAAGGUGGCGAUGAGGAGCAGAAUUUAGUGUCCCGGGCACCCCGUUCACCUCUGCGCCUCAGUCGGGGGCUUAACUCGCCACUGCGUUCACCGUUGUUACCACCGAGGCCCUUUCGUGCCCCUGCCGAGCAGUCCCGCCCUGUUACCUUGCAGAUACCAGUACUCAGCUUUGCAGGCGCGCCUGCAGAGCUCAGCCCCAGGUUUGUGGAUGGCAUCGAAACGGAGAACAAUUCCAUGUCAUCUCAGAAGUUUGAGUUCAGUCCAAGCAUGUCACCUGCAGCCCCAUCCUCCCCAUACCCAGGCGGUCGGGAGUCAACUGAGAUCAAGCAGUGUGUGUUCAAGUUGACAGAAGAGAUGAACAGCCUGUCGAGACAAGUGUCCAAACUCAGCCAGGAGAUUCAGGAAAUGACACAGCUGCUCAAGCCCCUCCUUCAUAGAGCGCCGCAGCCCCUUUUGGUGACCGCUGUGCCGAAUUUGACCCCGCCCCCCAGCAGCAGCACCAGCCGGCUGUCGGCCAGCGCCAGCCUGACGGCGCCGGCUCCCAUUACGCCGUGUUCCCUCCUGAGACCGGACAUUCAUUCCCUGUUGGACAGUGGGGAUGUGGAAGGGGUGGACCUGCCGCAAUGCCUUCUGCCGACUCCUCACUCACCACAAAGGCCUCAUCCCUCAGCACCCCCUUGCAACAAUAUCCCCUUGCCAAAGGAAGGACUUUUUGAGGGGUCCCCGAUUUCCGGUACAUUUAUGUCCUCGCCGCAGGACUGUCCACCACUAGCGUCCGGCACGCCAUCACCAUCGCUUUCUUUCUCCAUGUCUCUUUCCUCCUCUUCAUCCCUCUCCUCCUGCCGCCCAUCGCGGCAGGCCAGUUGCGUUGGUCACAAUAACCUGCUCCCUCCGCCUCCCUCUCAGGACACACCUCCCCCACCUUGGCCCCCACACUUUUCCGCGCCACCAUCUCUGGCAUCCUCACCCGGCGACCGUUGUUUGAGACCAUCUCCAUCCACCCCGCUGGUGACCCCCGUCGUCGCAGCUCACCCUUGCCUCUUUUCCUUGCCUUCGUCUCUAGAAUCAGCGAGCACAAAUCCCGUAGAACUCCACCUCAACCGGGCUUCUAACCGGCAUGUUCGCCAACAGACCGGACCGGGUGACAGUGCUCCUCAGGAGAUGGAGAUGCAGCAAUGGCGGGCCGAGGCAGGGGAAGGGAGGGCCUCUUCGGAGCAAAUCAGCUUUAUCGAUGAAGAUGAGCCGGCGGAGUGAGGGACAGCAGGAAGGACAGAAAAUAACCAGAUCAAAGAGACAAGAUCAGGGAAAUCUGGAGUCAGGAGCAAAGGCUGUCAGCCCUUAAGCGAUGGAGAUUCAGCAGCAUACAUUGUCUUGAGAGGUGUCCAAACUACAGCCCGAGGGCCCUUUGCAGUUGGCCAUACAUUUUUAUGCCAGCGUCAUAUACUAAAACGAAGAAUUAACAUGACCCAUGUCAUUUGCAGACAUACUUAGAAGUGUUGGUACCCCUAUGUCACUGAAAGAAAACCCACAGAAAUAAUUGAAGGUGACCUUGCAUUAAAUUGACCUUUCACAAACACCCUUUCCCCCAACCCCCGUUACGGCUGCUAAGCUGACAAGCUUUGUGGCUUCAAUGCCCAAGGCCAUUAUACUGAGUGUUUUAAGUGAUUUAUUUUGGAGCAAUACCAGUGAAACAUCCUCCAGAUUAAGGCAAAAGGGUUUACAAUACGGGCCGAUCGCGCCAUUUUUCAGAGAAUAGGAAUCAGGUGGAAAGGAUCGGGUUUUUCAUUAAAAAAUAUGUUUUUCUGCUUCACGCUCAUACAGCCUCUUACUCUGCCACCUGCUGCUUUUCUUGGUCAGCAGUGCCAUGGAGUUAUUUAAAGUUAAUGAUUAUUGACAGAGGUGUAGAUUUCAUCUUGCCAGAGAAGCUUGGUAGCUCUAUCAUCAAAAGCGCACAUGUGUCAAUCAUUAUUUCACGUGUUAAACACUAGCGGUAGUGUGCUGUAGCAACUCAUUGUGUGAGUGAGAGGCUCUUCUCAGCAGCAUGAGUGGAUUUGAAUGGACUCACUCAAUGAAGCAUUUGAUAAAGACAAGAAUUUUUCUACAUUAUUCUUGUUUUGAACAUUAUUUUUCUGUAUCGGAUUGGGACUCUGUAUCGACAUCUCUAGUUUACAAUAUGCAGCAUAGGGUUAUAUUGAAAAUAAUACAAGAAUUGUGGCAAGCUACUGUGGCAAAAGCUUACAGAUUCAACACUUACAGCCAAGCAAAGGGUUGGGAUACUAAAGUGUCUGUUUACAAAAUGUUACAUAAAAAGUAAAAACAAAAUAACUUUAAGAGGCUUACUGGGACGUUAUGUUUACUUAAAAAGAGGAAGCAUCACUUUUAUGUUUAUGUGCUCACAGAACGGACUGCGAACGAAGAAGUUAAUUUAGCUUUAGCAAAUGAAACAGCUAAACAGCUAGUUGAUAUAAUAUUCGAUAACAGUAACUACAAUUUUGAUAUGUAGUUUUAU